AUGGCAGAUAAACCUGAGCAAAUUCAAGUACCAGUAACAAGCGAAACGAAGAAGGACCCUAGAAGAGUAGAGGCAGGGAAACGACUAGCUGCAAUCAGUAAAAUAGCAAAGGAGAGAAAAAAGAAACAGGCUGAACCUAGGAGUCACCUAGCAAUGACAGCAUGAUUACCUACAUACAUAGGAGUGGCCAUUGCAUUGAUAUCUCUUGUACUAGCGUAUAAAACACAUCAGAGGGAAACUAGGAAACCAGAACUUGAGUACAUCCCUAAAACUGUAGAAGUAACUAAGAAAGCUGAUGAGUCCAAGUUAGAUUCACUUGAAUGAUACAUUAAACAUACCAUAUAUUAUAGCAAGAUGAGUAAAGAAUCAAAGAUGACUAGGGAAGUGUACGACGCAGUGUUACUUACAGCAGGAGCAGUUGGUAUAUCAAUGGCAUCAAAGAAAAUGUUGAAAGAACCAUUAGGUACCCCAGAGAAUGUAAAAGGAAUGGCGAAGUUAGCUAUUUCAGUUAGUCUUUCAUCUCUACUGGUCUCUUACUUGAAAGAAAAGAAGUAUCUACCAGACGAUCCAUUCAAAACCUAG